AAAGAGAGGUCUGGACUUCCGGAGAGGAUUGUGUUUUCGCAUAUCGAUAAAUAAUUCAUCUUCCUGGUUUGGACGCUACCUUGUCAGGAGGAAACUGAAGUGUACCAUCUGAAGCCGAACACAGGGACUGUGAGUGGGUCAUCAGGCAGUCUCCCUAUGUCAGGCCGAAACGGGUCUGCAAGUGAUGCAGACUGCCGGAUCUCUGAGGACUGCCGUGUCCCAGAUGUUGAGCUGAUGGAGCUGGGGCCGCUGCUGGAGGAGGCAGGAGGGCGGCAAUCGGCAUCCAAAGGCUUGCAUCCAGAGGGAGCGGCAAUGCUUGCUGAUGAGGAAGAGGAUGAUGAUGAGGUGGGAGAGGUCUUGACUUUACCACUUCAGGCUCACCAUGCCAUGGAGAAGAUGGAGGAGUUUGUACACAAAGUCUGGGAGGGGCGCUGGAGGGUCAUCCCUUUCCAUGUCCUUCCAGAGUGGCUGAAGGACAAUGAUUACCUCCUGCAUGGACACCGCCCUCCCAUGCCCUCAUUCAGAGCCUGCUUUGGAAGCAUCUUCAGAAUUCACACUGAGACAGGAAACAUCUGGACUCACCUGUUAGGGCUGAUCUUAUUCAUCUGUCUGGGCACGUUAACCAUGCUGCGGCCCAACAUGUACUUUAUGGCCCCGCUGCAGGAGAAAGUGGUGUUCGGGAUGUUCUUCCUGGGAGCUGUGCUCUGCCUGAGCUUCUCCUGGCUUUUCCAUACCGUGUACUGCCACUCUGAGAAAGUGUCUCGCACCUUCUCCAAGCUUGACUACUCGGGCAUCGCCCUCCUGAUCAUGGGCUCAUUCGUGCCCUGGCUGUACUACUCCUUCUACUGCUCCCCUCAGCCUCGACUUAUCUACCUCACCAUUGUUUGUGUCCUCGGCAUUGCUGCCAUCAUAGUGGCCCAGUGGGACCGGUUCUCUACACCUCGUCACAGACCCACAAGAGCAGGUGUCUUUAUGGGUCUUGGUCUAAGUGGGAUUGUCCCCACAAUGCAUUUCACCAUUGAGGAGGGCUUUGUUAAAGCCACAACAGUCGGACAAAUGGGUUGGUUCUACCUGAUGGGGGCCAUGUAUAUCACUGGUGCUGGUCUUUAUGCAGCUAGGAUCCCCGAGCGCUACUUUCCUGGCAAGUGUGACAUCUGGUUCCACUCUCAUCAGAUUUUUCACGUGCUGGUCGUGGCAGCGGCGUUCAUCCACUUCUACGGGGUUUCCAAUCUGCAGGAGUUCCGCUACGGACUCGAGGGAGGAUGCACAGAUGACUCUCUGCUCUGAGAGGCCUAACUGUGACCUACUCAUACUUUUCUCUUUACCCACACCACACACACACACACACACACACACACACACACACACACACACACACAAACACAAACACAAACACAAACACAUACUUAAAAUGCUGCUGGAAUUCAAUAUAGUCACUUAUUGCUCCUUCUGUACUUCUGAUUUGCUAAUUUGGUGGACUUUCUGUUUGGCUCUUUUUUGCUCAGAUGAAGUAGCAUUAACUAGCCAUUGAACUGCAGAGGGAAUCUUCAACAGACACUACUUCUUAAAUAACUCAGAAACUUGAAGUCUGCAUUUUUAAGUAAGAUCAAAAAGAGGUUAAAACCAAAAUUCAAAAUUCUGUUAACUGAUGGUCACUUAUGAGUAGCUCUUUUAGUACCCCAACCUUUCCAUUCUGUGUUUCCAUUUCUCAGAGGGUACAGUGAGUUUGAGUUGUGCUGUAGCAGAGGGCCAAUACUGUAAACUAUUCCUUUUUCCCCUCCCACUUUCCAUGCAGGUUGGAGGAUGAAUGUACUGACUGCCUAGGGUGAGGUGCAGAAUAAUCCAGGAGCUGUUAGAUGCUUGAGUUCCUGCACAGACAGACAUGUGUGUACACAUGUCGAGUGUAUAAGUAAUUGUGCAGCUGUCUUUUAAAAACCAGAGGGUCGAAAAGAAACUCAUCCAUGCCUGCUCUGCAAUAAAAUAUGAAAUGUGCUCUGAAAGCCCGAUUCAAUUGAAACCAAAUAGAAUACAUUCUCAUGAAAGGAAACAUAAACUUAAUGAUAAAUAUGAUUUACAGAUGUACAUGAGAAACAGUGUGCUCAUCAGAAUGAUUCUCUUAAGAGGUUAAAUACCGUCAAUUCCUCAAUGUCUUUGAACUGUUACAAUUAUUUCAAAGUUGAUUUGCUGUUACACGCAGUUUCAAUUGACAAAAGUCCCAUACAAAAAAAUAAUACAGAUUAGCACAGAAAAGCAGCAACUGUUCAGGUUAUCAUAAGAUGCUUAAAAUGUUGAAAAGAACUCCCCUGCCUCAUUUUCAGUCAGACAACACAUUAGUUAAUUUUUCACGUGAUAGUCCCUGGGCUACGCACAAUGUACAGAUCUCGAAAGGUCAAGUUGCGCUUUCCUCACAUGGAGAUCUUUCUUUUGUGCUAGAUUUCAGACGCAGUGCAAGGUGUAGAUAUCAAAUGCACCUUUAGUGUAUACUAUAAAAUUCCAAACUUUAAAUCACCAUAUGGGGUUUAAAAUGUGUUGUGUAUGAUUGAUAUAAACUUUUAGUAUUCCUGUGCCUUAGGCCAACGGAAAUGUUUUUAAAUAAAACGGCCUAUCUUAACAGUCAA